AUGGGACCGCCAUCGACAUCCCCAGCCGUCGGGUUAUCCGCAGCAGAGCUUCGACUACAGAGAUCCAACGGAUCCGGGAUCUCGGGGCUCUUCAAGAAUGGAAAAGUGUUUUCGAUCGCCUUCUUUGCCUCACUGGGUGGCUUUAUAUAUGGAUAUCAACAGGGCGUCAUCUCGCAGGCCCUGGUGAUGGCUCGCUUUAAGAGUGACUUUCCUAGCAUUAUCGGCUCAUCCGGAGCCACAGGAUGGCUGACCUCGAUUUUGCAACUCGGUGGAUGGGUUGGGGCAUUGUCUGCUGGCGUGUUCGCCGAGGUUUUCACUCGAAGACACACUAUCUUUGGUGGCUCUCUCUGGAUCAUCUUGGGGUCCUUUCUUGCGGCUGGGGCUCACAAUGGAGCAUAUCUCUAUGCCGGUCGUUUCUUUACGGGUCUCGGUGUAGGAACUUUGAGUGCUGUGGGUCCACUGUACAAUGCAGAGCUUGCUCCUCCCGAGAUGCGUGGUUUCCUGGUUGCGCUCCAACAACUGUCCACUACUUUCGGGAUCAUGAUCUCCUACUGGAUCGGCUACGGCACCAACUAUAUCGGCGGCACAGGAGAGAAUCAGUCUGACUGGGCAUGGCGCACACCCCUAGUGGUGCAAGGCGUGCCCGCCAUCAUUCUUGCCUUGGGAGUGAUUUCACUGAUACCCUUCAGUCCCAGAAUGCUAGUAGGCCGAGGACAAGACAACGACGCCUUGAAGGUACUAUCUCGUCUCCGUGGAGUCCCGCAAGACGACCCACUCCUCCAGAUCGAAUACCUAGAAAUUAAAUCCGAGGUCCUCUUCGAGCAACGCACAUUCGCCCAACGGUUCCCCGAUUUGGCCAAUGGCCGCAGCAUCUGGCGCCGCGAGUUUGCGCAAUAUACCAACAUCUUCCGCACCAGAGACAACUUCAAGAGGGUCGCUACUGCUGGCUUGGUCAUGUUCUUUCAGCAGUGGAGUGGCAUCGACUCGAUUAUUUAUUACGCCAGCUCGAUCUUCCAGACGCUCGGGCUGAACUCGGGCACUAUCUCUCUGCUGGCUACGGGCGUGGUCGGGAUUAUUAACGUGGUCGUGACCAUUCCGACUGUUAUGGUGAUUGAUAAAGUCGGCCGCAGGCCUCUUCUGUUGGUCGGGUCGAUGGGCAUAUUUUGUUCUAUGAUUAUUGUCGCCAUCAUCGUUGCCUUAUUCCAGGGCAACUGGCAGGACCAUGCUGCUGCAGGAUGGGCAGCCGUAUCAUUCAUCUGGAUUUAUAUCGCCAAUUUUGCCUAUUCUUGGGGGCCUGCCAGCUGGGUCUUGAUUACCGUGGGCAAUGCAGAAAUCUUCCCGCUGUCCAUCCGCGCCAAAGGUACCUCGAUUGGAGCCUCGUCCAACUGGAUGAACAAUUUCAUUAUUGCUCUGAUUGUGCCUCGGAUGAUUGAGGGCAUGGCAUGGGGCAUCUACCUUUUCUUUGGGGUGUGGCUGUUGCUUGGCGCCUUGUUUAUCUGGUUCUUUGUGCCCGAGACUAAAAAUAAGACGCUCGAGGAGAUGGAUCUGGUAUUUGGAAGUACUAUGGCUAGUCAGGACCGUGAGCUCUCGGCCGCGGUGAGAGCGGAGGUUGGGCUGACGGCGAUGUUGGAGGCGAGUCGAGAGCCCAAGGGAGAGGUGCAGGGAACAUCGCAUGUAGAGAGUGCAUGA